AUGAUCGAUGACAAAUACUUCGAUGUCCUCGAGGACAAUACGACUCCGCAGGAUAUUACUAUUCCCGAGAGGUUGGAGAGGAGAACGGCCGUGGUCGACCAAAUAGACCGGAAUGGAACUCGCCACGAGGCAGUCAUUCCGGCUGGAGUAGACUACGUGCCUCUCCCAAGAGAGUUUGGCAAGCCGAUUGCAAAGGACUACUUGUUCGAGCUGGAUGACUUCCAGAAGAUUUCUGUCUGUAGUCUUGAGAGAGAUGAGAGUGUUCUUGUAAGUGCCCAUACAAGCUCUGGAAAGACAGUUGUUGCCGAGUAUGCAAUUGCAAUGUCUCUGAAAAACAGCCAGAGAGUUGUGUAUACAUCUCCGAUCAAGGCGCUGUCGAACCAGAAGUACAGAGAGCUUCUUUCGGAGUUUGGAGAUGUGGGGCUGAUGACAGGGGAUGUUACCAUCAACCCCACAGCAACUUGCCUUGUGAUGACAACGGAGAUUCUCCGGAACAUGCUCUACAAGGGAGGAGAAGUUGUCCGUGAGAUUCACUGGAUCAUCUUUGACGAAAUCCACUACAUGAGAGAUAAAGAAAGAGGAGUGGUGUGGGAAGAGACUAUAAUACUACUUCCAAGACAUGUUCGGAUGGUAUUUCUGAGUGCAACCAUUCCAAAUGCACUGGAGUUUGCAGAGUGGAUAUGCCAUAUCCAAAGCCAGGUUGUUCAUGUUGUAUAUACAGAGAAAAGAGUGACGCCAUUGGUUCAUUACUUCCGUAGCAACAAGCUGUACAAGAUCAAGGAUGCAAAGUUCCACAAGUCGAAUUUUUUGUCCGCAAUGCGGUCAAUCCAGAAGAGGAACAUCGGGCCUAAGGAGGUGGGAGAGGCGAUUAGUGAUGCAUCUCUUCCUGUUGUUGUGUUUUCCUUCAGGAGAAAGGACUGCGAGCGGUUUGCAAUGAAGCUGGACAAGAGUUAUCUGAAAGACUCCGAGGCCGAGAUGGUUGAAACGAUCUUUACCAAUGCCAUAAUGUCUCUCCGCAAGGAGGAUAGGGAAAUUCCGAUUAUCCAAAACAUUCUUCCUCUUCUUAUGAGAGGGAUUGGGAUUCACCACUCUGGACUCUUGCCUAUUAUCAAAGAGGUUGUCGAGAUACUGUUUCAAGAAGGGCUGCUCAAGGUACUGUUUGCAACGGAGACGUUUUCUAUUGGGCUCAACAUGCCCGCGAAGUCGGUGGUGUUUACUGCGCUGAAGAAGUUUGAUGGGGAAAGCAUGAGGCUCGUGAGCCCAGGAGAAUACACACAAAUGAGCGGAAGAGCUGGACGAAGAGGAAUAGACAGCAUGGGAAUUGUCAUAAGCAUUAUCUCAGAACCAAUCACCUACAAGGAGGUUAACAAGCUUUUUUCCACAUCCUCGGACAAUCUUGUGAGUGCAUUUAGACUGACGUACAACAUGCUUUUGAAUCUGAUGAGGGUGGAGGGCCUAGAUCCUCUGUACCUCAUUAGUAGAAGUUUCUAUCAUUUCCAGUCAUAUAAGAAGGCCCUUGCAGAGGAGGAGACUCUGCAUAUAAUGCAUAAUCGUCUGGAAGACCUUUCGCCCAACCGAAUUGUGGACCUAUACAAGAGAAGGGAGGAGAAGAAAAUCGAAAGAAACAAAAGGCUAGUUGAUAAGUUUAACGGGCACUUGAAGAAGGGAAGAGUGAUUGACUUAUUUGUGCAGAGAAAUGGUCCUUCGAUUACGAUUCGAAAUGCAAUAGUUAGCAAGGUAAAGGAGAAGAUUCUUUGCAUGGUUGGGACUAACAAAGGUGUGUACAUGUGCAGCUUUCCCUUGGAUUGCGUCGACAAUGUAUAUGACAGCAGAGUAAAGUUAGACAUGCGGGUAUUUACCCGGAGCUUUGGGAAAAUUCCCGUUGAGGACGAACUGGAUGAAGAGAUAAACAGGAUAGAAACAGAGAUAAUAUCGGCAAAUCCAGGAUGGAGCUUCGAUGUCUGUAUAGUCUGCGGAAAGACUUCGAUGGAGUGUCUUUCUUUGUGCAGCAAAGACGUGAUUGGGGAUGAUGCAGUCAUGGUCCAGGUACCGGAGAACGGGAGACGGCAUGCAGAAAACCCCAAGGCGGGACACUUGCAUGUAGAAAUGGGAGAAGAGAUGUCCUCUGCAAGAUCAUACUUCCUGAACGAGAUAAUGAAGCAGCAAUGUCUUGAAAAGCUCCUGGAGCUCAAUAGUCUCAAAGAAAUCUACCACAUGAGAGAAUGCAAGAAGAUGAUCAAGGUUCUGAAGAAGCUUGAAUAUUGUGACGAUACUACUGUGUUGAUAAAGGGCCGAAUGGCAUGCGAGAUUUCCUCAGGAGAUGAGCUGGUCCUGACAGAAAUGAUAUUCAAUGGAGACUUUGCAGGGAUUCCUGUGGAGCACUUUGUUCCGCUUCUUUCGUGCAUUGUGUUUGAGGAAUGGGAUUCGGACAACUUUGUUCUGAGCGAAGAAAACAAGUUGUACUACAAGCUUCUGUCGGACUCUGUUGAGAAGGUCUGCAAGGUCUUGAAGUCAUGCUCGAUAGACGUGGAUCCGACCACAUAUCUCCGGAAGUUUUCCUAUGAGCUGAUGGAUGUUGUCCGGAUGUGGGUGUGCGGACAUACAUUCAUUAACAUCUGCAACAAGACAAGUGUUUUCGAAGGAAGCAUCAUUAGAACCUUCAAGAGACUUGAAGAGUUACUCAGGCAGUUGAGUAGUGCUGCCAGGGUGAUUGGCAACACAGAACUGGAAAACAUGUUUGCUCUGGGAAUAGUGAAAAUCAAAAGAGACAUAGUCUUUGCGAAUUCCCUUUACGUUUGA